UUACACUACAGUUGAAAGUCCCGUUGCGAGUCGUUUGGCUGAACCCAAAAGCUUUAAAACCCAUGUCUUCCGCAAGACCUAUCCAUGGCGACUGCCGAAGCGCAUCUUCUCCGGCUGGCAGUAAGCUGUCGGAAACUAACGGCACACGUCACUGCCGGCGCGACUGAUGCAAUUAUCGCGAUGGCUUCUUCAGGCGAACAGGAAUUCGCCGCUGCUAACCGGUACAGGCUAUACCGCUACCCUCGCUCCCGACGAUUCUGGGACGAACGCGUCGCUGCUCGCUUAGGAGAGAAACUAGCCGUCCGCCUCCGCCAGAUUGGCAUCUCAGAUGUCCAACUCCACCUCGAAGACGGUGACCGAGAACGCCUCUCUUUGACUCACCAUUACCGCCGGUCAAUUGCUUCCCUGUUUCACUCUGUGGAGCGGGCUGGCAUCCGUGUUGAUGGUGCUGACGAGCUCCGAUGCGAUCGUGAUCCUCAGGCUGGGAAGAAGAUCCAAUAGACCAAGAGACCUAAUAUGAUAUUGAUGCAGAUGAGUUACUUGGGCCCUAAUAAUGAUUACAUGGAUCACUACAACCAACAAAGAUGAAGGAUGGAGCGCUUGUGUUUGUAGUUUGUAUUAGCAUAUAAGUGAUCGCAA